UCGGAACACAGCCGCUCAGUUCCAUGCGAACAGGCGCACCGUUAGGACUAACUGGAACGGGACUCCAGAGGGCGUGUGUAAUCGGCAGGCAAUCCGGUCGCGACAACUCGUGCGUGGUGGGAAGAGGUGCUCUAUCGAAUCGAGUGCGGAAAGGUUGGAUUUCUUAUCAGUUCCAAUUGCUUUUAUCAAAUUAUCGGUGGAACGCAGCUGAUUACGCGAUUCGAACAUCACCAAAUCUGUAGGGGCUACGUGUGUGAUAUCGGAUCGGACUGGUAUAUAGUGAGAAGUAUAGUAUUUCGGGAGAUUUUCAAAAACGUGGAACACACCAGCGCUCGCGGGCAGCACGUCACUUUGUGGUGGUGUUAAUUUCUUUAUUUCGCCGUACCUGGGAUAUUGGAGAACCGAAACGUGUUAAUUUUCGCAAAGGAAGCGGAUUGAAAUUCCAAGUAGGCCGGGAUUUGGUGAAUGUGAUUGUUGUGCGUCGCAGGUUACCGAGGAAAACCUUUAUUUUGCUCUGUAUUUAUUAAUCAACGGUACAAGAAUGUAGCUCAUUUGUGGACCGCCAAGCUAGCCUAGAAGUGAAUCGAAAGGCAAGUGUCGUGAUGAGUAAUAAUAGUAAUUUGUAGUAGCAAGCGAUUGGUGUCAAUUCAUUUUGUAAGUAGUGUCGCGUGAAGACUUGCGCUAGCCGAUUUGGUGACAAGAAGUGAUACUAGUGCGUUUAAAAUAAUUGCUAUCACUAGUGCGGGAUUGAAUCGGAUUUGAAAUAUUUCGUUGACUAACCGCGAAGGUGUUAAUAAACAAAACCUACAUCGAAUGCGAAUAUUCGCGAGCUCUGAAGUCAUCGAAUCAGUGAAGACGCUUAACUGAAAAUAUUUGCUAAUACGUUUGUAAGCAUCACCUAGUGCGCGGGGGAUUAGUUUGCAAACUCAACAAAAAGCUUAAUCAAUAACAAUCAUCAUCUUCAUCCUCGGAAUCAGCAGCUAUAAAGAUGAAGGUCGCCGUCGUCAAUUUACGGUGCGCGCUCUCGGUUCUAGUAGCCAUCGCAACCAGAUUUGAUUUUACCAACUGCAUCCCGGUGGGUGAACCUGAUAAGCUGAGCGACCAGCUUGCUGCGAGCACGUGGCUGUCGUCGAGCAGUCAAACUUCAGCCGCUCCGCCACCACUGGUUUUCCCUAGCGGGAACACUGGAGUUUACAAAAUAGUGGAAAAUGACACCGCUCUCAAGAUUCUACAGGCGCGGACGGCAGCCGAGCUUGCGGAGGCUAGUAGCAAUGACGAAACGACUACUGAGGGUCAAAACGUGCAGCAACAGUCACAACAGCCGCUCUCCGCAGCCGGCAACGGGGUUAGCGAUGGUGAGCUGAAUGCGGUCAACGGUAACAGCACCGGCAGUCAGUCAUCAAACUUUUCCUCGACACCGUCAUCCAACAGCAACGACGACGAUGACGGCGACGAUGAUGAUGAUGGUGAAUAUGACGAUGAUGACUAUUACAGCACCGAGGCGGAUGAUAAGGAUGACGAACAGAAUGAUGAGUAUGGAACUAUCGACACAGAGACGGUCGAUGUCCAACCGGAGGAUCCGGAAAAGGAGGAUGGAUUGGAGGAACAGUUCGGAAGGAACAAGGACGACCACUUCCCAAUGGUAAUCGAUAACACGAUGAUCGAAGUAUCCAUUCGUCAGGAGCACUUGUGGGUCAUCGUAGCCGGAGCCAUUUUCGUACUGACACUUGCGGCCUACAUUGCGAUGGUGGUGUAUCGAAAUCGACUGGAGCGACGCUACGGAAUGCGACAGCGUUUGGUGACGGAAGAUGAUUUCUACACCAACAAUGAUAUCUAGUACUCUUUCAACACCCUCGAACGAAAGACGAUCAACGAGUAGUGAAAUCCCCCAAAGUCAUUCCACAAUGAGAUUCGGUUAUAUGGAGAAAACAGACACACGACGAGAAAAGCGCCAUCCUUCGUGGGUAAAAUCCGACCAAUUUUGUAGAACGCCACUGCAGGUGAAUUCCAGCAAUAAGUGCCAUUAGAUUUAAGCAGGCUUCACUAAAUACAUUAGUUUACUCUGAAUGUCCUAUGUUUCGCACAAUCCUCUGACAUUAUUACAAGUUAAAUAUAUACUUCCUUUGAGUCAAGAGUAGAGUACAGAAUGUGAAAAUUAACGUUAGUCUGAAAAUUCCUCCAUUUGAAACAAAACUCAGUUUGUAACGGCACAUGAAUUGGAUGACCGAUUGGAUAAUAAUAAUUAUUGUUACAUUUUUUUCUGAUUAGCCAUUUGUGAUAAAACCUGUACAAGAGAAGCGUAAACAUUAUUAGAAGCAAUAUCAACCCAAUAGCACUACACCCAAUACAAUACAAACGUAAAAUGAAAAUAGUGAAAUUUAUUUUGUUUGUUGCAGAAAUAAUAAUGACUGUGAUAUUAAGUGAUUAUCUGAUGA